CUCUCUCCUCCCUCUCUCUCCUCUCUCUCUCCUCCUCUCUUCUCUCUCCUUCCUGUCUCUCCAGGCCAUGCCAGAACGGUAGCGUUCCUGUCCCACGGCGGUCUGAACAGUAUCUAUGAAGCGAUGUACCACGGUGUUCCUGUAGUGGGUCUCCCUCUGUUUGGGGACCACUACGACACUAUGACCCGUGUGGAGGCUAAAGGGAUGGGCAUCAUGGUUCACUGGAAGAGUGUGACUGAAGAGGAGCUGUACCAGGCACUGGAUACUGUUAUCAACAAUAACAGGUAUCGUCAGCGUGCCCAGGUCCUCUCUUCCAUCCAUAAGGACCAACCAGGUCACCCGGUAACGAGAGCAGUCUAUUGGAUAAACUACAUCCUCCGUCACCAUGGCGCCAACCACUUACGAUCAUCUGUCUACACCGUCCCCACCUACCAGUACUUCCUAUUGGACGUUGUGUUGGUCGUAGGGGCGGGGCUGGCCCUGAUUGGCUACCUGUUUUACCGGAUAGCAGGGCUGCUAAGGUCAAAGGUUAAGGUUCAGGAGCAAGGGGGAGAGGUUACCCACGGCGACGGCGGCGACGACAAGGCAAACGGACAUUGCCAUAGCAACGGAGCGGUCGCUAACGGGAAGCACAAACGUAACGGAUCGCCGGUGAAGAACGACAAGAAGAUGAAGUGAAAAGGGGGGGCGGAGAAAGACGCCCUUCUGGACUCUGUUCUGGGGUCGGAGUUCAGAGA